CAAAUCGUAGCUUUGCGUGAUUGGGGCGUCAAAAAUGGCGGAGGUAGAUUUCGGCGACAGCGAACUUUUCCAACAACUUGAUAACAAUGGACCGUUUGUCCCGAAGCACAUUCGCUUCACUGAUGAAGAUGAAGACGUGCAGACGACCCAACUUCGAAACAGGCUGGAGGAAUGUGAGGACACCAUUGAGAGGCUCUCCGAGGAGAAUAAAAUGUUACGACGGAAACUGAACUUCCUUACUAGGCCAAGUGGCAUCACAAUCGCAGAUGUAAACAUUGACGGGCCACUACUUCAGAUCCUCUAUACAAAUAACGUCAUUUCAAAGCAAUGUCGUCAAGAAAUUGAAGACUGUGUUUGUAAGAUGAUUUUAAAGCACCAGAAACCAGGCAAUGAAAAUACAUCUUUGUAUCACAUGAAGCCACAGAAUUCAUCUUUUGCACUGGAUGAAGACCCACACAAAAGUUCUUUCAGCAGUGUGAAAACAACAACAGAGGCCUUUAAAGUGGUUGGGAGUGUUUUAUAUUUCACAUCUUUCAGUGUGGACAAACUUGGACAGCCUCUUGUGAAUGACAACCCCCAGCUGACUGAUGGAUGGGAUGUCCCUACUUACCAACAGGUUUUUAACCAAGUCAUUGGCACCGAUGGGCUGGAAAUAGAAAUGAAAGACAAAAGACCCAAGUCUAUGUGUUUUAACUGUGGCUCCAGCACUCAUCAACUAAGAGACUGUCCCAAGCCCAAAGAUUUUGCUGCAAUUAGCGAAAGAAGAAAGGAGUUUAAUCAUAGCAAUAACCAGGCCAUGCAGACCAACCACCGAUAUCAUGCUGAUGAAGUGGAGGAGCGAUUUGCUAAAUACAAACCUGGAGUCAUGAGCGAGGAGCUGUUGUCAGCACUUGGACUUGACAACAACACUCUGCCUCCUCUGAUUUAUCGUAUGAGGCAGCUUGGAUACCCACCAGGGUGGCUUAAAGAGGCAGAGAUGGAAAACUCUGGUUUAUCUCUGUAUGAUGGAAAAGCUUCAGCUGAGACCAGUGGAAAAGACCAAACCAUUUCUUAUGAUGUUUCCAAACUGGUGGAUUUCCCAGGAUUCAAUGUACCUGCACCAUACAGGAUGAGAGAUGAGUUCAUGCAGUACAAUUCAAUUCCAAUGCAAAGUGUUCACAUGAAGACAAAUUAUGCUGCCUACCUGUCCAGCAGCUUUCCUGGGCCUGAUGCCACCUGCAACAAAAGGCAGCAAGAGUUUGAUUCAUCUCCUCAGCAGAAGAAGAAGAGAAGAGGUAGUCCAGACCGCAACUCAGACAGAAGCUCAGACAUGGAUAUUGAAUCAGACCAAGAAACGUCUUACCACAGUCCUGCUGACUUUCAGUUCCAAACUCCAUUGCCUCCUGGUUCUCCCUGCUUCAGUACGCCCCCUCCUUUACCCCAGGGCACUCCCCCUGCUACGCCUACUCCCCCUCCUCUUCCUAAAGGUACACCUCCACCCACACCAACCAAGGGGUCACCAGCUCUGCGAGGCCAAAAGUGGACAGCAAGUGAAGGGACAGAAGAGGGAGUGGAGGAUGACCUGACUCUGGAGGAACUGGAAGAGCAACAGAGACUCAUUUGGGCGGCUCUAGAAAAUGCAGACACCGCCACCAACAGUGACUGUGAAACACCUGCAUUUGGAACACCUGCACCCAGUUCCCCAAAUGUCUCCACCACUAGUCACUUAGCCACAGAGAUGAGAGAUGAGGUCACAGUUGAUCCACCAGGAGCCACAGAGUCUUCCCAAAGCAGUGAAUUUGAAGGUGAACCAGAAGUUCCUAAGGAUUCUAUCCAAAAGCUAAAAUCAAUCAAAGCUGAGAAGGAUGCUCCUGAAAGCCCAGAGCAUUUGAAAUCUGAAAAUGAUUCUCCCCAAAGUCCUGGCCCAGUGAAAUCCCAGGAGGAUAGUCCUCAAAGUCCUGGUCCAGUGAAAUCCCAGGAGGAUAGUCCUCAAAGUCCUGGCCCAGUGAAAUCCCAGGAGGAUAGUCCUCAAAGUCCUGGUCCAGAGAAAUCCCAGGAGGAUAGUCCUCAAAGUCCCGAUCCAGCUACCCUUGCGGAGAAGGUUGCUAAAGUACCCCACAGGAGCAAAUUUGCCUUUGGUAUUGUUCCAUUUGAAGAUACACCUGAGUUCACUGAACUAGCUGAAGCUACAGGAACCUACCUUAAGAUUAGGGAUUUACUGAAAAGCUCCCCAAGAAGUUUGAUAAAGAAAAAAUAGGUUUACAGAAACCAUUAAAAUCCAAGUGUGCAGAUUUUUUUUCUAAACGUUUCUUAGUUUUUAUUUUUUGAAUUGUUUUAUUUUUUUAUUAUUUUAAUCUUAAUUUGUAUCCAUAUGAAAUCAUCUUGUUGGGAAUUCUACAGCAUCAAAAAGGACCAGUUUAUUUUUUGUGCCAGAUGUGUUACUCAUUUUUAAUUUAUUGUAAAAAAUUUGAGUAAACAAUGUGACCUUUGUAGAUGAUGUGUUUUCUGUUUUUGUUUCUCCUGCUCUCUAAGCAUCAGUAAAAUACUUUUGCUAUACUGCUUCAUUUUUUGUGCCUACAAAAAUAAUGAAUGUGGAUUGCAUUAUCAAACAUUGUAAAAAAAGAGAAAAACCCUUUGUAACACACUCAUUGCUUAGAAAUUACAUGGGGGCUUGUUUUUCAAAAAUAAAACACCUGAGUCCUUUUGAGUUUU